CCCCUCCUCUUCGUUCUCUCGCGUCAUCGUGCCUUCCCAAGUUCCCACAGCCCCCCUCCCUCCUCUCCCCCCAUCCCUGGGCAUCCAAAAGCAGCGUGCUGUCUGCAGGGCAACUCACCUCCAUGCGUCCUGUUGAACCUCCCCUCUCAUAUCUCGUGCUUCUCCUCUCUCCUCUCCUCCCCCACAUCUCCUCCGUGACCCUCUCCUUCCCUACCAUGGCCUGCUCGUGGACUCCCUUCAUUUCUCGCAUCUUCCCUCGCUCCCCUUUCUUCGCCCCCCACCUUCUUACCCUCUCUUUCCCUAUCCCAGAUGCAUGGGAACUGCCUGGGGGCUGCAUUCAACUCCCCCCCUCACCACCCCCAUUUUAAUCCCCCUCAUCCCCGCUCCUUCCCCGCUCCUUCCCCGCUCCUUCCCCGCUCCUUCCCCGCUCCUUCCCCGCUCCUUCCCCGCUCCUUCCCACCUUCCCCCCCCCCACCAAGGCAUGGGAGUCUGCCUACGGUCUGCAGGGCGCCGCCCUUAUUUCUAGCAAUGCCCCCCCCUCCGUCUCCUUCAAUACCCAGGCAUGGGAGUCCGCCUACGGUCUGCAGGGCGCCUCCCCCCUUCCCCCCUCCGCCAUCGCCCUCCCCCCAUCCGUGCCCCCCCCGCCCCACCUGGAGGCCUGCAGCGCGCGCACUGCGUGGCGCAGGAGGCAGGAGAGGAGGGGGCCACAGGGGGAGUUGCCUGCUUGGGCGAGUCUGGCGCACCCCCAGGCGCCUUGGAUCAGAGGGUCAGAUGCAGCGAAUCUUGGGCGCACCAGAGAAGCCCAGAGGGACAUCUGGCAGCACCAGUUCCCCCCCGGCAACUGCAGCGGGGAGAGGCUGCUGGUGGUGGACUGGCCGGCCUCCCAGCACGGCAUGGGUUCGCAGCUGCACAUCCUCAGCGCUGUCUUGAGCCUGGCUAUGAGGCACGACAGGGUCCUGGUCCCUACAGCCACUUUUGAGAGGGCGAACCACGCUGAAUGCAACGCCACCGGCGCCCUCUCCUCCUUCCACUGCUACUUCUUCCCGCUCGUCUCGCCAGCCUGCGAGAAGGCAGCAGCAGAGGCGGCAGCAGCAGGGCAGGUGCCCGCAUGUGCACCGCAGGAGGAGGUGGCGAGGGAUGCGGUGCUGGCGAGUGACAGCCGCGUGGCAUGCUUCCAUGGGGAGCCUUAUAACGGGCUGGCGCUGGAGGCACUAGUUGUCAAGCGGUGGUGGGGCGUGUGGUACGAGCGAUCAAUCACAGUGGAGGUGCAGGGCAAGAUGGCAGGCGAGGUGGAUGUCAUGCCGCAUGUGCACUGGUGGCGGGCUCAGUCCCUUCGCUUCAUGCUGCGUUGGCCCUCCCCUUACCUCUGCCACCUCUCCAACCGCCUGCGCCACACCUCCCUCUCGCUCUCCAUCGCCACCCGCCUCUCCUCCUCCUCCGCCCUCCACUCGUCCCUCCUGCGCUCGCACCCCCACCUGCUGGACAAGCUGCUCAGGAAUGCCCCGCCCUGCCAUGCUGCUGCUGCUGGCAGCGUGGGAGGUGAUGGGGCAAUCAGCAGCAGGAAGAGGCUCGGUGGGGACAUGGGCGUUGCAAGUGCUGUGGAUAAUACGAGUGCAGUUGCCCAAGGCAUAACAGACAGAGGAGGCAGCAGUGCUGCAGAAGCGACAGAAGCGUUUAGCAUACCCCGUAGCAGCAGCGAUGCAAGCAGAGUGUUCCCAUCCCAGCAGCACGUGCAGCAGGGGUGCACCCUAGAGGCCACUGCGUGGGCGAGGCAGGGGCUGGGGCUCUGCUCUGCCAGCAACAUGGCUUGCAGCAACAGUGGUGACAGCGGCAGCAGCAGCAAAAGCAGCAGCAGCAGUAGUGGCAACGGCAGCAGCAACUCCGAGCUACCAGGUCAUCUGGCAGGAGGAGUGGCUGAGGGACAAGAGUCUCGCAGCAAGUGGGGCAUGGAGGGAGCAUGGGAGGCGUACCUGCCGCGGCCCAUAGUGAGUGUGCACGUGCGGCAGGGCGACAAGGGCAGUGAGAUGGCGCUGCACUCCCUGCCAGCGCACAUGUGGAUGGCGUACCGCCUCAGAGGGCUGAACCCAGACCUGCGGCAUGUGUGGCUCUCCUCUGAAAUGCAGACGGUGAUUGACCAAGCAUCCAGAUUUCGAGACUGGACAUUUCUUCACUCCAACAAUGUGCGCACCAACACCACGGCACGCCACUGGGAUGUGGAGGAGAGCGCAGAGAGGCAUGUGGUGGUGGGCACAAGCUUUGCAGAGCUCAUCAUUGCAUCGCAAUGUGACUUUUUCAUUGGGGCUUUGGGUUCAAACUGGGUGAGAAUGAUAAAUGAAUUGCGCUCCACGAAUGGGAGGCUGUUGAAUGGAUUUAUUGCCAUGAAUCUCAAGGAGUUUUAGCACCAUUUACUAUCCACCAUGAAAGGCUGGUGCACCUUGGUGCACCAAGACUGUUUACUGUCAAAUUCUUGUACAGAAGCGUGAGUUCCCUGGAUGCCUCCGUUGGCUUAUUGCUCUGCAUCUGUCCUCUCGGACUUGGGACACAAGGUCGGCGGCUCUACACCAAUAGCAACACCGAGUCUUCAGCUACAGCUCCCCUUAUUACGGUACAAUUGGCAUUCAAUCGUCCUCCAGAAUUUCCCCCUUUCCCACUCGGGUUUUGGCUUCCAUGGCA